AUGGCCUCGCCGACAUUGACCAUCGCCAUUGUGGAGCUGGCCAUCUACGCCGUGCUCUCUGGGGUGUGCACCUACAUCGCCAUCCGCCACGGCACACGUGGGUUAAGCGCAUGGGGCUCCCUCCUCAUGUUCUGCGCGCUGCGCAUGGUCGCGGCCGGCCUGCAGAUCAAGGACGGCAGCGCUGAGACGUCCACUCUUACGGCGUUUGUCAAUGCCGUGGGUAUUUGCGGGCUGAUGGCUGCCAUCUCUGGAAUCAACCUUGAAGUGUCAGAAUACCUCCCAGCCUCCGAAGACGAACGCAAGGCCACAUGGGCAUGUCACACCCUCCACUACGUCGGGGCCGUCUUCAGCACGGUCGGCGGCGCCCUCCUCGCGUCCACGUACCCGAGCAGCAACGACCACGACAACAGGUACAUGUCCGACGCGACGACCCAUGUCCUCAUGCUCUGCACCCACGCCGUCCUGAUGCUCGAACUUUUCACCGUGGGCGCCGAGAGCGGCUUUCUCAUGUACCGCACCUCGACGGUCUCCAGCACUACCGGCACCACCAGUACUAGCACCGGCAACACAACUCCCAGGGCUACCUCCUCGAUGGCUUCGGUCAACACCGAAAACACCACCACCAACGACGACAACAACACCGCCGACAAGGCGUCCCUUGACGCCCACGAGGGCAACGACGACGAACAAAAUCAGACCCUCCUCAAGCUACGACUCCUUACCCUGAGCGCCCUCGCCGCCGUGCCGUUCCUCUUCGUCCGGCUCAUGUACGGCAUGAUCGCCGUAAUCGACCCGCAAGACGGCGGCGGCAAUAAAUCCGUACCUGUGCUCACUGCGUUCUUUGGCGCCGGGGCCCUGUCGCUCGUGCUCGUGUUUGGCAUGCAGCUCGUCGCGUGUCUCUUCUUGGUCCUCGGCGGGCUGGCCAGCUGCGGGAUGAUCAAGAUAGGGAUGGGAGAGCAGGGUUGGGGUGAGGAGGAAGGCAGUAGUGACGCUGGCGGGAUUAUUGACACGAGCUCUGUGACUGUCGUGGAAGUGUAG